AUAGAUUGAGAAUAUUGAAAACGACGAAAGCGCCUCAAGCGCAUCUCGCAGAACGCACCUGGUGGUGGUAAGUGAUGAUGGCACUCUAAUUACUGCGCUUGAGAUAGUGUGUCGGCCGCGCGGCGCGACCCAGAAGCGAGAUGCGCGCUAAACGCACCAACGCUCCCGGGAACCGUUAGCAUAUUGAAUUAGAAAUAUGUAACUUGCACGGACAGAAGCCGAGCGUCGGGCCACACGUCCACUGCUUUUGAGUCCGCGUCGUGCAAUCGGUCGCUGAACCGUUUGUUUACCGGAGCCGGUGCGGAGCAGCAACUAGGUGUAGGUCAGCGAUGGUGGGGAGCCAGAGCCGCUGAUCAGUGCGCCGCCACCGACUGCCGCGCGCGCGUCCCUCGCGGAGACAUGGGCCUGAACCCACCGGCGUGAGCGCAGUACCGGUUCCAAAACAAAUCGAAAGUGACCCCUUUCCCACUGUUGUGACCCAAUGAUGACAAUUUAUCGGUGAUUUACAGUAAAAAUCCGUGCUAGUGCUAGAAGAAAGUGGCCAGUUUUAAAGGAUUUUCCAGGUGUUUAACGUGGAUUCCUCAAUCAUGGGCUCACGUUCCCGCACCAGACCUCGGGCAUGGAUUUCAAUAGUGCUUCUCCCAUUGCUGCUGAAAUGCGUAUAUGCGCAAUGUCCAUGGGAAGGCGCCCCUGCGCUUCAAGCGGCGUGUGUUUGCGCACUUAACUUGGCCAGAGAAAUAUCUGUUCAGUGCGAUCAGGUGGAUUUCGUAGCGCUUUUAGCUGCACUAAACACGAGUGCUCGAGGUACAACAAUAGACCUUCUCUACAUAAAUAAUUCAACAAUACCAGUCCUUAAAAACGACAUGUUCGCCAAUCUCAAAAUACAUAAUCUUCAAAUAUCGGGCUGUAAUAUCAAAAGAAUAGAAGACGAUGCUUUUAGAGGUCAAGGGCCGUAUCUAAAGAAUUUGAACCUACAAGACAAUGAAUUGUCCGAAGUGCCGGUGAAAGCUCUUAAAAUACUAACAAAUCUCUCUUUACUGGACGUGUCGAAAAACUUUCUAACUCACAUCGAAAAUCAUUCAUUUAUUACUCUACGUAAACUGACAACUUUGAAAAUAUCAGACAAUAAUAUAACUUUGGCCGAUCAUGCUCUAUCAGGUUUGGAGAGCUCGUUGAAAAACCUCAAUCUUAAAGGUACCAAGCAAAAGGUUGUUCCUGAAUGUAUCAGAGGUCUCCGUAGUUUGGCGUUCUUGGACUUGUCACAAAAUAGCAUCAGAGAACUCCCGGGCCCUGAUGGCAGUCGCACCUUUGAAGGAUUAGAAUCGCUUACUGCACUUAACUUGGAAAGGAAUCUGAUUGUUAACUUAAAAGAGGAUGCCUUCUCGGGCAUAAAAACAACUCUAAGUUCAUUAAGUCUUCUCAACAACUUAUUGCCAGAAUUUCCUACAUCAGCAAUUGGAACUUUGUCCGAUUUGCGAGUUUUAGAUAUUGGAUUCAAUUUACUUAAUAAGCUGCCUGUCGAAGCUUUCCUGAAAAAUCCAGCGAUAACAUUGUUAGCUUUGGAUGGAAACCCAUUGCCAACUGUGCCAGUGGAAGCCUUCGCCCAUCUAAAUCAAACACUACGUGGCCUAAGCUUAGGCGGAAGAUUUUUGAACUGUGACUGUCGCUUACGUUGGAUUAUAGAAUGGAUUCGAAAUGGAGAACUGCAAGUUACAUCACGUGAAAGAAAUCCCCAAUUUUGUGGCAACCCUCCACAUUUUAGAGAACGUGGAUUUUACAGUUUUGAGCCUAAUGAGUUGGUGUGUGACCAUGAAACAACUACUGCGUCGGUAAAACAGACAACAACAAAAAAGGAAAGCACUGACUGGAAGAUGACUUCAGCUACUAUAAUAUCUUCGACAACCUCUACCACACGGGACAAUAUCAUAAAUGCUACCACAUCAUCUACAACUACAACGAGCACAGCUUCUGAUAGUGGAACUUUCAGUAAGAGUAUGCAGACCACUACUACCAGCACAGCGCGCCCAAGCCGCAUUCCCUCUGUGAGACCCGCUGCACCAACCUGGCGUCAUGCUCCUAAUCAACGCCCUCCACUGGUCAUGAAUUUUCCUCAACAGAAACCUAAAAUAGAUGACUCCAAUGAAGUCAUUGUUAAGAAUGCUUAUAGACAAGAUAACUCUGUCAUUAUACAAUGGGAUUCGGAUGUAGCGAAUAUCCUCGGAUUUCGAGUAGUUUAUCGACUAUUCGGAGACAAAAGCUUUAAACAAGGUCCACCCUUGGAGGCCAGCGAACGAGAAUUUAAAAUAAAAAACGUUCCCUCUCAGGAAUGCAUCGUGGUCUGCGUUAUCUCCCUGGAGGAGGUACACGUGAGUCCAGAGACAGUGCCGUACUCACAGUGUCGAGAAGUACGCACGGUCUCAGCCGCAGCCUCCAACAUGGACAAGAUUACGAUAGCGGCGAGUGCUGCCAUCUGCGGCACUAUUGUCGUGGCAGUACUCGUCUUUGCGGCUGCUUCACGUCGCCGAUCUCGGACCGUCCACCGGUUACAUACUCAGGCAUCCGAAAAACUACCGAACCCUUGUUGUGGCGGUCUCACCGGCACACCAAGUCCAAGCGGUCCGCUGUCGUCGCUGGCAACACUUGGCGCCUUUGGAAAGCAACGUGAAUGGGAUCAAGUGUCAGCUUACAGCUCACGUUCGAUCCCGCGAGCGCGUACUUUCACUGAACCGACUCACCCUGAUCCCCUACCGGGGCGUCCAGGCCGCGCUCGUUCCCUCGCAGAUGGUCAAUCGCAGCAUAGCUAUUCACAAUCGGGCCGAUACGGAGCUCCUGGAUAUCCAGGAAGCAUGUUAGGAUCGAGAACCGAUCUUCGACAAUCUCGUCAAUCUUUAGGAGCGGCAUCAGAACGAGCGUCUCGUUUGUCGUUAAGCGGGGCGGCGGGUGGAGCCACCGGGGGCACGGCGGGGUCCCGGCGGCGGCCGCGGUCCCGGUCGCGCCCCGCCAGCCGGUACAGCGUGGGCUCCAUCGGGAUGGGCUACUGCGACACAUCGGACAACUGGACCGACCACGACAUGGACAUCUACAUGGCCCGAAACCCUACGACGCGGGGCGGGCUGGUGCCGUUAUAGCGCGCAGGCGGCGGGACGCGGGGCAGGGCGACGUCGCGCGCGCGCUGCUCGCGGUGGUGGGCCGCCAGGACGCGCUGCACCUCGUCGUGUGCACGUGAGCGCGCGCGCCGCCACGCCCGCCGCGCCCACCCACACAAGCCCGAAACGUGUCACUAUAAACAAGUCUCCGGCAGCGAGGCCGAGUAACGUACAUAUGUCCAAAUACAAUAUCUUAGAAUUAGAGGCUAUCUUCCAGAAUUCUCGUUACCGCUAAGUUUUGUAAUACAUUAAUAAUGAUGAUCCAUCCGACCGAUUUCUAGCAGUCUUGGCGGCGCUAGUGUGCCCGAAGAUGGCUUACGUAGCCGAUCUUCGCGGCAAACCCCCUCGCACAUUGAGGGCAUCUGAGCACGCCGCCAAUUUAGUUAUUAAUAUGUACUCAAUGAAGACUGAUGAAACGAUGCUUCCUCAAGUCUAAAAAAUAGUGCUUCAUUUGAAAUCCUUUCAGGAUUUCGCCCUUUUAUAAAGUUAAAUUGUACUGAAACUUUCUUAAUUUACAACUCAUAUUCGUAAUUGAAUGCUAGUCACGAUUACAUGUUUUCACUCAUCACUCUAUCAUUGCACUUAUUUAUUUUCAUUAAAGGUAUUUCAAGCUAUUAGAGUAAAGCUACAUUAUUUAUCCAACAUAUUACUGUAAACUGUAGUCUAUGAUUGAUUAAAAUAUUCUUGUGGAUAAUC